AUUGGCUGAAGAGCUCUCCACCAUCGCCAUGAGCCAAUGAAUUGAGGUAUACGGAUGACGUCAGACACUAUGAGACUGCUCCCACCCGCCCACUUGGUCCGCGUCUGGCUAUCCCCGAAACGCACGUUUAAGCUCUUGGGGAGCUCUCGGCGGCUCCAUGUGCACCUCGCAGCUCGUGCUUCUGCAGCUGUUCCUCCUUAUGGUUCCCGAGGGCGUCGGGCCUCAGUCGUUUUCCUCCCAGUCAGAGGCAGUGCCCACCCCUUCGGACUUGGGGCUAGGGUCUCAGGGGGCGACCCCUCAGUCCUCCUCGGAGGGUUCUGAAUCUCCGGGGGCUGUGCCUGGAACCUUUGCUACUGUCGUGACCCCUUCCGCCCCGGGGAAUAGGACCGUGGACCUCUUCCCAGUCUUACCGAUCUGUAUCUGUGACUUGACUCCUGGUACCUGCGAUAUAAAUUGCUGCUGCGACAAGGACUGCUAUCUUCCCCAUCCGAGGACAGUUUUCUCCUUCUGUCUUCCAGGCAGCGUGAGGGCUUCAAGUUGGGUGUGUGUGGACAACUCUCUUAUCUUCAGAAGUAAUUCCCCAUUUCCUUCAAGAGUCUUCAUGGGUACAAAUGGAGUUAGGCAGUUUUGUGUCCAUGUGAACAACCCAAAAUUAAACUAUUUCCAGAAACUCCAAAAGGUCAAUGCAACCAACUUCCAGGUCCUGGCUACAGAAUUUGGAGGUGAAUCAUUCACUUCAACAUUCCAAACCCAGUCACCGCAGCCUUUUUACAGGGCUGGGGAUCCCAUUUUGACUUACUUCCCCAAGUGGUCUGUGAUAAGCUUUCUGAUGCAGCCUGCAGGAGUUGGAGCUGGGGGGCUCUGUGCCGAAAGCAAUCCUGCAGGUUUCCUAGAGAGUAAAAGUACAACCUGUGCUCGUUUCUUCAAGAACUUAGCAAAUAGCUGCACCUUGGACCCAGCCCUCAAUGCUGCCUCUUACUAUAACUUCACAGUCUUGAAGGUUCCAAGAAGUAUGACUGAUCUGCAGAAUAUAAAGCUCCAGGUUCCUGUAACACUUGUCUCACAGGCUGGUUCUCCUCUGUUGGCUGAAAACACUUGUCAGAAUGUUGUUUCCCAGGUCAUCUAUGAGGUAGAGACCAAUGGAACUUUUGGAGUCCAGAAAGUUUCUGUCAGUUUUGGACAAACCAAUCUGACUGUUGAGCCAGGCACUUCCUUACAGCAACAGUUCAUCAUUCGCUUCAAGGCUUUUCAACAGAGCACAGCUGCCUCUCUCACCAGUCCUAGAAGUGGCAAUCCUGGCUAUCUUGUUGGGAAGCCACUCUUGGCUCUAACAGGUGAUACAAGUCACUCAAUGACCCUCUUGCAGAGCCAGGGUGAUGGAACUUGUUCUGCUAAGAGACACGAAAUACAAUUUGGAGUGAAUACAAUAUCUGGAUGCACACUCAGGCUGAAAGAGAUGAACUGCAGCCACUUACAGCAGGAGAUUUAUCAGAUUCUUCAUGGAAGGCCCAGACCAGAGUAUGUUGCCGUGUUUGGUAAUGCUACUCCAGCCCAGAAGGGAGCGUGGACCAAGCUCCUCAGCAGGAACUGCAGUGUUUCAGCUGCACACUGUGUGUCCUGCUGUGUCCUACCAGUUUCCCUGGAGAUCCAGGUAUUGUGGGCAUAUAUAGGCCUCCAGUCCAACCCACAAGCUCAUGUGGCAGGAGCCCGAUUCCUGUACCAAUGCCAGUCCAUACCGGACUGUGCAGACCGCCAGAUACCCAUUAAGGUUCCCUCCUUGAGCAGCAAAGAAUGUAAAGAAGCUUCCUCAAGCCUUUCAGGGGUGUUUUGCCUGAAUAAAAGUUUGCAAGAUCUUCAUCCAUCUGCUCACAGGCACACUUGGGCCCAGCAACAAAAGGAACAUAUUCCAGCUGCCCCCAGGAGAACUCAGGGACUGCUGCCCACUGGACAUGAGGGGCUGACAGAAAACUGCUGGCUUUACAUUUUGUCUGGCUCCUCCCUACUCCCUCUGUCCAGGUGUGAGGGUGCAGAACAAUUCUUUCUACUCAACUUCCAAAUGAAUGUGGAACCCAGCCCCCUUUUCUACCAGCAGGUGGCUCUACCAUUCAUUUCUGCUCUUUCCUCACUCCUUUGUGGUAAAGAAAAAUUAAAUAGAGCUUUAUGGUACUAAUUCCAGCAGCACACAGAAGUUAACAUGUGGUCUGCCUCAUGAUUAUUUCUGUGUGUGUGCGAGGUUUUUUUUAAAAAGUGAAAACUUUUCAUGCACAGUAUAAUAGCAUUCAAAUCAAGGGCCUUGAGUUCUUUUCCUGGGAAAUCACACUCCCUGAAGACCUCUGUUCUGUGGCACUGACUUGAGUCACCAGCAUGAGAUCUGUUUCUUAGCCAAAGGCAGUGCUUGUACGCAUCUUGACCCCUACCAGCAUGGCCAACUCAGUGCUUCUGUCUUGCAGAGAAGACUACUUAAAAAGGUAAUUUCCUAUUAUCAUUCUUGGGUGGAGGGUUAUGAAUUAUGAUAGAAAACUUGGCAAACAGGUAGCAUAAAAAGGUUUAGGCCUAGGGCAGAAUUAUGCUCUCCUUGUAACUAAGAAAUUUUGAUGGAAGAUGCAUCAUAUCUAAUUGUCUUAAACUUUUAAGUCCCCUUUAUUAAAAACAGGAUAUAAUAGGAUAUUUAGUUCUAGUAAAAAUAGUAUUGAUCACAUACUCUGUGAAACACAGAAUUGUAAGGUAUGGCCCUUCAGCAAGCUGACGUAGUGGGGGAAGACUGACAUAUAAUACAGGGGACGCAUUGGUUCAGAGAAACAAUCAGUGUAGCCUAGAUUAGUGAGGGGCAACCUUUGAGGAGGUGUUGGGAUUGGAGCUGAAUGUGGCAGGAUGGGUAGGAUUGGGAGAGGGAAUGGGAAGGAUGAGGUAGUCCCAGGAGCCAAAGACAUCUGAGUGAAGUCUCGGGGGCUUGUGUGGACAAAGGGUUGGGAGAUUGAAGUGACUGUAGUAAAAAAUACUGAAUGGGCAGGACAGGUGCUAAAAUGGGAUAAAUAAGAUGGGAGUUCAUCAUAUGGGGACUUGAAAGCCAGGCAAAUAGAAUUGGGAGAUAGUCUGUUUUUUUCCAUAACACAUUAAUGAUCUGAAUCUAAAAUUGUCUUUUAAUAAAGCAUGUGCUUAGUUACAAUAAACCCUGCUUUAUGAGCAGAAAAUAAUGAUUGUAAAUGCCAUUUCUGAUAGGCUUAUCAUUUUGCCCCAUUCCAAAGUACCUCAACAAAACCUGAAAGAAAGUGGUAAAGUUCUUGUAGCAGUUACUACUAAACUAGGAGGAAGUGCUUAUGUACCAGGGAGACUGCCCAAGAGGAGUUGGAAGCUCGGAAACUGAUGCACAGUUCCCACUGGUCUGUUACAUAGACAUUACAGUUCAGCAACCCUGCCUCCAAGGAGACAUUAAAACAGACCAUAAAGCUGUUAGAGUAUUUAGGUUCUCUGUCUUGGGAUUCCUAAUGGGAAAUAAACUUACAUGACAGCUUAUCCUAAAUUAAAGAGUAGGAGACAUCUCAACCACUCCCAACAGCCUGAGUCCUUUCCAGAAUCUGGUCCUUCUACUCCUUUAUUCAAAUGCUUAUUUCCAUGCCCAAGAGCUAGAAAACCAUUCUAUACCUUUACCAAAAAGUUGAACCUCAAAUAUAAUUUACAUACCAUAAAAUUCAUCCUUAUGAAGUAUACAGUUCAGUAAUUGAGUAUAUUCAGAGCUACACACCCAUCACCACUCAUCCCAGAACACUUUCGUUACCCUAAAAAGAAAUGCCAUACCAAUUAGCAGUCACUUCCCAUUUCCCUUCUCCUAGUUCCUAGCAGUCACUAAUCUACUUUCUGUCUCUUAAUUUGCCCAUUCGGGAUAUCUCAUGUAAAUGGAAUUAUACAGUAUGUGGCCUUCUGUGUCUAGCUUCUUUCACUUAGCAUGGUAUUUUCAAGGUUCAUCCAUGUUGUAUAUAUCAGUACUUCAUUUUUUAUGUGCGUGGACUUACAUUUUUAUUUCUCUUGAAUAUAUACCUAGGAGUAGAAUUGCUAAGUGAUACGGUAACUCUGUAUUUCAUUUAUUGAGAAACUGCCAAACUAACUUCCCACAGAGGCUGCACAGUUUUACAGUCCCACCAGCAGUGUGUGAGGGUUCUAAUGUCACUACCUCCUUGUGAACACUUGAUUGUCCUUUUUUAUGUUAGUCAUCCUAGUGGGUAUGAAUGAUACCUCAUUAUGAUCUACCAGGCCUUUAUAAACUGUACUGUGUGAGAUCUUACAUCAGAAAACAGCGCAUCUGUUCCUCCAAGGCAGGAAUACCUCAAGGGUUCUUUUCAUCUCUAUCCCUCUGCUAAUUUCAUUAGCCUAUAAACCUAGUUUCCAGUUACACAGCUAGUUAACAUACCUUAGGUAAGAUUUUAUGAUCGACUUAAUCUCUAGUCACUGUCUUUGUAACAAACUUUCAAAACAUUUUUAAACAUCUAUAGAGUAAUACAGUCUUCUUAGCUCCCUUCCUUUAUUUAUACAGGUAACUUAACUUAGUACAUAAAAGGCCUCUAUUGUAUUCAUGUAUUCAGUUUAAGAGCAAAUUUUACUGUAAAGGGGUAUGUACAAUUUGGAUAAAACUGAGUUAAAAUCCCAGCCAGCCCACGGCAGGUGUGGACAGAGGUACUCUCAAAUAUUUUAAUGGGAAUACAAACUGGUAGAAACUUGGAGAGAAGGGCAGGUAGCUAUGUAAUAACAUGUAUUUGAAGCCUUAAAAAUGCUCAUGAACUUUGACCCAGCAAUUCUGCUCAGUAGACAUUGUCCAGUGGGCCAGGGGGAAGAAUGUCCAACAAAAGGAGAUUAGUUAAAUAAAUAUGUCUAUAGAUUGCAAUUUUGUACAACCACUGAAAAUUGAGUAGACCUGCCUUUAUUGCCAUAGGAUAACAUUCGUGAUCUAUUUUUAAGUGAACAAAACAGACUACAAGAUAAGGCAUAUACUCUGUGAUCCUAUUUUUGUUAAACAAAAAAUGUUUAUACAUGUGUACUGGCAGACAAAAGGUCUGGAAGUCUAACAUGUCAAAAAUGGUGAUUUUUUUUAAAGCAUUUCUGAUUUUUACCGAGAAAAUAAAACUACAUUUUAAAGAAA